GUGUCACCGCCAGACACCACACUUGCUAGGUGGUAGUUUAAAUCGGCCGCGGUCCAUGUAGUACAUGUCGGACCCGCGUGUCGCCACUGUGAUCGCAGACCUAGCGCCACCACCAAGGCAGGUCUCGUGAUACGAGAGUGGACUCGACCCCAGUUGUACGAGAACCAAGCUACCGCCCAGUUGUACGUGAACCUAGCUAUCGCCCAGUUGUACGAAGCCUUCUCUCUCAUUAGCCGAGAGACAUAAUAGCCAUCAGCUAAGUUAAUGGCUACGAACUAGCAAGGAGCCAUUUGUAUCAGUGCCUAUAGCUUACGAGAAAUCAAGAGAGAUGUAUUCCAAGGAAUAAAUAAAAGUUAAGUAAAAAGCAUCUACAUACUUUUCUUCUUAUUCAUUCAUAAGUUUUUAUGUUCCAGACUUCACGCCCGUCUGCUUAUUGCCGUUCGUGCACUAUCGGCCACAGCGUUAGUUUAGCGUGCCUUUCUUUUGGCUACUACCGGGUGGCGUAACAGUCUUGUUACGUCACUACAGAUUGGCGACGAGGGAAAAGGACCUUUUUCUGAUUGCUUACAUUUAUUUCUGAUUGCUUACAUUUAAUUGUGUCAUGGCUUCGCCACAAUCUCCAGAUGUACUGUCCGAAUUUUAUCGCUUGCAGAAUCAGCAGACGCAGGCGUUACUGGAUGCCCUUGGACAGCUCGUCCAGGGUCAACGUGCGCUGCACACCGAUGCGGCCGCCGCCGCUUCUUCGCUACCGCUGCCACUGAACGCUGUUGCACCUCCCUUUCGACCAUACGUGGCAGCCGAUGAGACCUGGCAAGAGUGGUCUCGUCAGUUCGCCUUUCACAUGGCUGCCUACAGAAUUCAAGCGACGGUGCCGUCCGGUCAGCGCCCUGGGGACCCAUCUACUGGCUCGCCUCAUCCCCAGGUGUUACCGACGAUGCCUUCCAUUUUGCCCCAUGGCGACGCGCCGCCGCCGCCGCAGCAGCAGCAGCAGCAGCAGCAGCAGCAGCCGCCGCCGCCGCCGACCGCAUUCGACGCUUCGUUGCAGCCGCCAGGCGCCUCCCAGGGUCACGCGCCGCCGAUCGCUUCCCGUGACCAGCUGUCCGCCGCCAUGGAACUCCCGCCCGCUCCGGACCACGUGACGUCAUCGCGCGUCGGCUACCCCGACGCAAUGGAGGUCGACACUUCGGCCCCUCAUGUUUCUUUACGGGCGCAUACACCGCAUGUUGACGUGCACCCUGGACUAGUUUUGCAGGCGUUUCCUAGCUCCCCUCGGACCGGAUGGCCGGGUGCGGGUGGCACAGCCUCGCCUGUUGUUAGGCUCCCCACCUCAUCGCAUACGUCAACAUGUGGUCCUCCCCACGGCGGGCGGAAGCCUUAUUACACGACCGUUCGCCGAUUUGCGGGGGAGGAAUGUGGUGUCACCGCCAGACACCACACUUGCUAGGUGGUAGUUUAAAUCGGCCGCGGUCCAUGUAGUACAUGUCGGACCCGCGUGUCGCCACUGUGAUCGCAGACCUAGCGCCACCACCAAGGCAGGUCUCGUGAUACGAGAGUGGACUCGACCCCAGUUGUACGAGAACCAAGCUACCGCCCAGUUGUACGUGAACCUAGCUAUCGCCCAGUUGUACGAAGCCUUCUCUCUCAUUAGCCGAGAGACAUAAUAGCCAUCAGCUAAGUUAAUGGCUACGAACUAGCAAGGAGCCAUUUGUAUCAGUGCCUAUAGCUUACGAGAAAUCAAGAGAGAUGUAUUCCAAGGAAUAAAUAAAAGUUAAGUAAAAAGCAUCUACAUACUUUUCUUCUUAUUCAUUCAUAAGUUUUUAUGUUCCAGACUUCACGCCCGUCUGCUUAUUGCCGUUCGUGCAC